GCGCGCGCGUUGCAAACUGAAGCGUUGUGGCCACGGGUAGUGCGCAUGCUCAGUUAGUCUGUGCGUGUGUUGCGCAGAGGUAGGGAGCGGAGGGAGUGUGACGAAUUGUUUUCUCGGCUGAACUAGAGAGCGAGCUGCUCUUCUCGGCGUCUUCGGGUAUAGCAGCGGGCGGAACAAAUACUGCAAUAUUGUUCGCCCAGCUGAAAUCUAAAAAUCUACACCGCGCAGGGACAAGAUAAGUAUGUCCGCAAAUAAAGCCAAGAAAGUAAAAAUGGCUACCAAAUCCUGCCCAGACUGCGAUCAACAGAUUCCAGUAGCAUGCAAAUCAUGUCCUUGUGGCUAUGUGUUCAUUAGUAGAAAACUCCUGAAUGCCAAACAAUCUGAGAGAUCAGUGCCAACAAUAGAGAGCAAAUCGGAUGCUAAGAGGAGAAGAACUGAAAGAAUUCGCAGAGAAAAAAUUAAUUCAUCUUCUUCUAAAGACUUGGAAAACAGAAAGCGUUCUAGGACAAACAGCCAUUCUGAACAUAUUCGCAGAGGCAGGGGACGGCCUAAGACAGUGCCGGGUAAAAGGCUUGAAGAAGAGAAAGAACGACAAGAAAAGGAAGUUGACAUAUAUGCAAAUCUUUCAGAUGAAAAAGCAUUUGUCUUUUCGGUGGCUUUAGCAGAAAUCAACAGGAAAAUCCUCAAUCAGAGGCUGAUUUUAUAAUGUUUGUUACUAAUAACAAUAAAAAGGACCUGCGUCUGAGAUAUUCUUGAAUAAUUAAAGACUUCUGAUAUGGUGAAGAUACCUGGAAAACUUCUCAGUGAAUGAAGGACGGUUCUGGGCUUCAAAUAAGGCCUGGCUGUUUCUAUUGUGUUAGCAAUAUGUAAUUUAUAGGCAUGUGGUACAUAAAGAGCUUGUAUUUUUAUAAUUUGAGUAUGUCAUGAAAGCUUAAUUACAUGUAUGUUACCUUAAUUCAAAGAUGUUGCUGGCAAACUGCUAAACUCAAUUGUUUUAUUAAAUAUAAGAAAAACAUAUGCACCUAGUUUCCAGGAAAAUUUCUCAGAAGUAGGUUUUUGACAUACAUUUGAAUGCUUAGACAGCUGUAACUACAUUAGAGUGUUUUUGGUUUUGGUCACUUAAUCUUGGAUUGGGUGUGUUCCAGCAUUUUUACAUCUUUGAAGCCUUAGUUUAAAUGAACAUUUUAAAAAUGCCUGUUAGUGGCUAGCAGGAAGAAAAACAAAAUGCACUUUAACAAUGGCCACGUUUAUAUCAGUUAAUUUAUAAUGAUCUGGCAUGCACUCCUUACAUUUUUUUUCUUAAUUUUUUACACUUAUUUUAAAUACAAUUUUAAACCUCCUAUACACAAAUAAGUAAAAUAUCCUAUUUAUUUAGUCACAAUUUUCCUUGUAGAAUAAAAAAGUUUGAAAACGUUGAUUUUUAACAUCCUAAUUUAUAGUAAAAAUGUGUCUUUAAACCUAACUGCACUGUAUCCCUUGUACCAUUUUGGAUGCCUGCUAGUAAACAUUCAUUUUCUUUGGGAAUUUGGGAUUUUUUUAUUUGAAUUUAACUUUGCUUAAGUGAAGAUUCCUGCCAGCCUCAAGUAAUAGAAAUAAUCCUUACUAACUACACUGUUGGAAACAGUUAGGGGGUGGAUAUGUUGUUUUUGGCAACUUUUAUUAAAUACCCUGGCUUCUUACUGAAAUUGUACUGUUUAGAGCAUUAUAAUAUAAAUAUGUGGUAUGUCUCCAUAUCUCAUACGCUAGAGAAUGGGCUUAGAAUGAGGAAUACAGUGUUAAAUUUUGAUUUAGGAGUAAAUCAGAACUUCAAAAACUUUUGUGACAAUUUGUGAUAUUCACAUUUGUUAAAAUCUGGAAUGAAUUUGUGUUCUUUAUCAUAUCUAACCCAUUUUCAUUUUUGAAGCUGUUUGAUUUGAAUUCCAGAGAGAUGAGUGCAUUAUAGUUGAUCAUGUACUCUCUGUGAUUACUGUGACUAUUUAAAAAAAAUAUAUAAUUUCAUGUUUUCUUUAAAGGAAAAAAGUAUUUUCUGAUGUGGCUUUCUUAGUUGCUGUUUGUUAGGCUAUUAAGCAAAUGAUCCUAUUACCUGUUAUUUUCUGUUAUUACUAAUGAGAAGGAUUUGGACAUCAGUCUGUACAUUUAUCAGCAACAAAACGUAAUCUUAAAGCAACACACUUAUCAUACAUUGAGUUUUUUUUUAAUGUACAGCAAAUUAGAUACAGCAUUUUAAAGUAUGCUAAAUAAAAUGAAAGUUCUGUCUUACAAUGAUAGUGUAAAGGUUUCCUGAAAUAUUUGUAAAUGUGUUUAGGGUAACAAUUUUGAUAUAAGUGCCAUGAAGAAUUUAAAAAUUAAUGACAGCAUUAUGGCACAACCAGUUUUUACAUGCUAAGCUAGCACAAUGGUUUGAUUUUUUUCCUAGUACAAGUAAAACGCAUGACAAAUGUUUCACUCUGCAUGCAAUUAUUUUAUGACACAGUAAAAAAAAUAGC